GAAGAUAAGAAAAAGGCCCAAAAUAGUGAGCAGUGGAAGAAAUUUCUGAGGGACGUAUUUCUGCCACGCUGCCACACAUCCAUUUGCAUACAAUUGCACACUUAUCCCAUCAUCUCCUCUGCCCAGACAAUAGAGAGACAGAGAGAGCAGGGCAAUAGAAGAUGGCCUUGCAAUUGCAGGCUCCGAUUAAGGCGUCACAUCGUUCUCCUUUAGCUCCUACCGGAAAUGCAGGCCUUAGGCUAAAUCCAGACAGAUUUGCACUCAAAUCUUCAUUUUUUUCUUCAUCUGCUCAUCUUUUUGUGCCAUCUUCUUUUAAACUUCCUGCUACGGCACCGAAAUUCUCUAUGCGUGUUGCGUCAAAACAAGCAUAUAUUUGUCGGGAUUGCGGGUAUAUUUACAAUGACAGGACUCCAUUUGAGAAGUUGCCUGAUACGUACUUCUGUCCUGUUUGUGGUGCCCCAAAAAGAAGGUUCAGGGCAUAUGAGCCAGCAGUGACAAAAAAUGCUAAUGACAUGGAUGUUCGAAAAGCCAGGAAGGCUCAGUUAAAGAGAGACGAAGCCAUUGGGCAGGCAUUGCCGAUUGCAAUUGUGGUGGGAGUUGCAGCACUUGCUGGUUUAUACUUGUAUCUCAACAACUCUUUCUAGCUGAAGUGGAAAGAUGACAAAAUAUGAGUCCAUACCUAGUGAGAGGGUACUUCUGUAUUUUCAAUUCAUUUGUGCAAUUUGUUGGUAAAAAUAUUUUAAAGUCAAGUAUGACUAAACAAGACGGAAUAUGAUUACAAAAGGAUAGUAAAUAUUGCUCAUUUUGAAUUCAAAAGAUAUACAAGAAAAGAGAGAUUAGGAGACACCUGCAGGAGGAACAAUGGAUUCACUUCAUGAACCACCAAACAACACAAACACUAUUUAAAACCAAUUGAAAAAGGUAGAAUAUACAAUCCCUUAAGCACUAAUCCCAACAAAUUGGGGGUCGGUUGCAUAAAUCUUUAUUGUUAAAUCGGUAUA